AUGGAGCCUGUCCUCCCAGCCGAGGAGGAGGAGGAGGAGGAGGAGGAGGAGGAUGCAGCUCUCGCGGACCCAGGCCUGUGGCCCCGGGCACUGGGCGCCCCUGGGCACUGGGCCGAGCGGAAGGCGGCCGCGCUCGGAAAAAGAAGGGGACCUGGUGCUGCGACUUCCCUGCGGUCCCCGCCGCCCCUGGAGGGUCCAUCUUGGCGUUGUCAGUGCUUCGGUGGAGCAGGCUCCUGUCGGAGGCCUUCCCUGCUGGCACCGGGCUUAUUGCUCAGUCGUCGCUGCGGCUCUCCUGCCCCCUUGGACUCACAGCCGUUCUCUCUUCCAGAAUUUGGUGUCCACCUGGCGGAGCUGACCGUGGACCCCCAGGGGGCGCUGGCAAUUCGUCAGCUGGCGUCGGUCAUCCUGAAGCAGUACGUGGAGACGCACUGGUGUGCCCACUCGGAGAAGUUCAGGCCUCCAGAAACUACGGAAAGGGCCAAGAUCUUCAUCCGGGAGCUGCUGCCCAGCGGGCUGAGGGAGUCCAUCAGCAAGGUGCGCUCCAGCGUGGCCUACGCGGUGUCAGCCAUCGCCCACUGGGACUGGCCCGAAGCGUGGCCCCAGCUCUUCAACCUGCUCAUGGAGAUGCUGGUGAGCGGGGACCUGAACGCCGUCCACGGAGCCAUGCGCGUGCUGACAGAAUUCACGCGGGAAGUCACGGACACACAGAUGCCCCUCGUCGCCCCCGUCAUCCUCCCCGAGAUGUUCAAGAUCUUCACCAUGGCCGAGGUGUACGGCAUCCGGACCCGCUCCCGAGCUGUGGAGAUUUUCACCACGUGUGCCCACAUGAUCUGCAACAUGGAGGAGCUGGAAAAGGGUGCAGCCAAAGUCCUCAUCGUCCCUGUGGUGCAGCAGUUCACCGAGGCCUUCGUGCAGGCCCUGCAGAUCCCCGACGGGCCCACGUCCGACAGCGGCUUUAAGAUGGAAGUCCUCAAGGCGGUGACCGCCCUGGUGAAGAACUUCCCCAAGCACAUGGUGUCCUCCAUGCAGCAGAUCCUGCCCAUCGUCUGGAACACCCUGACCGAGAGCGCGGCCUUUUACGUGAGGACAGAGGUCAACUACACGGAGGAGGUGGAAGACCCUGUGGACUCGGAUGGCGAAGUCCUGGGCUUUGAAAACCUCGUCUUCAGCAUUUUCGAGUUUGUCCACGCGCUGCUGGAGAACAGCAAGUUCAAAAGCACGGUCCGAAAAGCCCUGCCGGAGCUCAUCUACUACGUCCUGCUGUACAUGCAGAUCACCGAGGAGCAGAUCAAAGUGUGGACGGCCAACCCCCAGCAGUUCGUGGAGGACGAGGAUGACGACACCUUCUCCUACACGGUCAGGAUCGCCGCGCAGGACCUGCUGCUGGCCGUGGCCACGGAUUUCCAGGGCGAGAGCGCAGCCGCCCUGGCUGCCGCGGCCACUCGGCACCUACAGGAGGCUGAGCAGGCCAAGAGCAGCGGCGCCGAGCACUGGUGGAAGAUCCACGAGGCCUGCAUGCUGGCGCUGGGCUCGGUGAAGUCCGUCCUCACCGACAGCGUCAAGAGCGGCCGGGUCCACUUCGACAUGCACGGGUUCCUGACCAGCGUGGUCCUGGCCGACCUCAACCUCGCAGUGUCUCCCUUCCUCCUGGGUCGGGCACUCUGGGCUGCCAGUCGGUUCACUGUUGCUAUGUCCCCUGAAUUGAUCCAGCAGUUCCUACAGGCAACAGUUAGUGGCCUUCAUGAGACGCAGCCCCCGUCCGUGCGGAUCUCUGCCGUGAGAGCCAUCUGGGGUUACUGUGACCAACUGAAAGCCUCAGAGAGCACGCAUGUCCUCCAGCCCUUCCUGCCCAGCGUGCUGGACGGCCUCAUUCACCUGGCCGCGCAGUUCAGCUCCGAGGUCCUCAACCUGGUGAUGGAGACACUGUGCAUCGUGUGCACGGUGGACCCCGAGUUCACGGCCAGCGUGGAGAGCAAGAUCUGCCCCUUCACCAUCGCCAUCUUCCUCAAGUACAGCAACGAUCCCGUCGUCGCCUUGCUGGCUCAGGACAUCUUCAAGGAGCUGUCCCAGAUCGAAGCCUGCCAGGGCCCCAUGCAGAUGCGGCUGAUCCCCACGCUGGUCAGCAUCAUGCAGGCGCCAGCAGACAAGCUCCCCGCAGGGCUGUGCGCGACAGCCAUCGACAUCCUGACCACCGUGGUGCGCAGCACGAAGCCACCGCUCUCCCAGCUGCUCAUCUGCCAGGCAUUCCCCGCGGUGGCACAGUGCACCCUGCACACGGACGACAACGCCACCAUGCAGGUACCGCGUGCUGCCGAGGCCGAGGUGGUGAGGCAGCUGCUGGACCCCCGCACCUCCGAGUUCACCGCCGCCUUCGUGGGCCGCCUGGUCUCCACCCUCAUCAGCAAGGCCGGGCGGGAGCUGGGCGAGCACCUGGACCAGAUCCUGCGCGCCAUCCUCAGCAAGAUGCAGCAGGCGGAGACGCUGAGCGUCAUGCAGUCCCUGAUCAUGGUGUUCGCCCACCUGGUGCACACCCAGCUGGAGCCCCUCCUGGAGUUCCUGUGCAGCCUGCCCGGGCCCACCGGCAAGCCUGCCCUGGAGUUCGUGAUGGCCGAGUGGACGAGCCGGCAGCACCUGUUCUACGGCCAGUACGAGGGCAAAGUCAGGGGUGUCACUGGGCGGCUCUUGAUGGAGCGCCUGGGUGUGGUCUGGAGGCGGGAGCUGGCGGGUGGACGCUGGGCAUCCCUGCAGGACGGUGUGGCCGGGAGCCGGAGUCUGACUCGAAGCCUCUUCUUUCCCCCAGACCCCGAGCGCUGGACAAACAUUCCUUUGCUGGUCAAGAUCCUGAAGCUGAUCAUCAACGAGCUGUCCAACGUCAUGGAGGCCAACGCUGCCCGCCAGGCCGCCCCCGCGGAGUGGGGCCAAGACGACUCCAAUGACAUGUGGGAGGACGAGGAGGAGGACCAGGAGGACGAGGAGGAGGGCGGGGGCUUAGCAGGCCAGCUCCUGUCGGACAUCCUCGCCACGAGUAAAUACGAGGAGGACUACUACGAGGACGACGAGGAGGACGACCCCGAUGCCCUCUGCUCCCCGCAGGCGUACCUCACGGACUUCCUGUGUCAGUUCGCGCAGCAGCCCUGCUACGUGGUGUUCUCGGGCCACCUCAGCGACAGCGAGAGGCGGGUGCUGCAGGCCAUCGGCAUCUAGGAGCCGCCCGGCAC